AUGAAACAGAUCGACGCCACGAGCGCCGCGGCGCAGUGGUACCGCACGUUCACCAAGAAGUGGGCCAAGCCUUCCGCCAUCGUCGUCGUGUCGGCGCACUGGGAAGGAAGGGGCGCCGUCAAGGUCACCACCGGCGAGAAACAUCCCUUGUUCUUCGACUACUACGGGUUCCCGGACUACUGCUACGACCUUGAAUACGCCCCCCCCGGCCACCCGGAGUUGGCAAGGCGCAUCAUCGAGCUGCUAGAGGCGGACGGCUUCAACGCCCGGGGAGACGACUCGCGCGGCUACGACCACGGGACUUUCAUCCCUCUCAAGCUCAUGUAUCCCGACGCCGACGUUCCCGUCGUGCAGGUGUCCCUCUUGGGGGGCCUUGAUCCGGAAAAGCACCUCAAGAUGGGGAAGACCCUCAAGAAGCUUGUCGAUGAACGGGAUGUUUUGAUCGUCGGCAGCGGCCAGGCGACCCAUGGCCGUGGCAGCGAUCACCGCCCGUACCCGCCGGGCAAGGGAGCGCCGAAGGAAGAGGCCUUCGUCGACUGGCUCAAGGAGACCGCCGCCUCUCCGGCCGUUACCCCGGAGGAGCGCCAGCGGCGGCUGCGGGAGUGGGAGAGGGACGCGCCGCACGGCCGCAACGCCCACCCUCGCGAGGAGCACCUCCUGCCGCUGCAUGUCGCGGCCGGGUGCACCGGCUUCCAGCCGGGAUCCAUCAUUUUCGACGACUUCGCCAUGGGCCACAUGUCGCUGGCUUGCGUGGGGUUCUGGCCCGGUGGCGGGGAGGGCGAGGCGAAAGGCGGGGAUGAUGAGGGUGUCUGCUCUACCUGA